AUGGCGGUUGCGCAAGUUCCCCGGAAUUUCAAGCUCCUUGCCGAGCUGGAGAAGGGCGAGAAAGGCAUGGGUGCAGGUGCCUGCUCAUAUGGUCUCGAAGACCCCGAAGACAUCUACAUGUCCAACUGGAGAGGAACCAUCUGGGGUCCACCACAUGGCCACCAUGAGAACCGAAUCUACGAGCUGAAGAUGGAGUGCGGCCCCAACUAUCCCUCAGAGCCACCCGUCAUCUAUUUUGUCAGCCAGAUCAACCUCCCCGGCGUCAACCAGACGGACGGAAGGGUGGACAAGAAUUCCGUGGCGAUACUGCGAGACUGGGAGAGGAUUUCCAAUGAACUGUCGAAGAACCCUCGGCCGAAGGAGGACCCGCUGAGCCUGGAGGCUGCUCUGAUUGCGAUAAGGAAAUACAUGGACGAGCACAAGAAACUCCCCCAGCCUCCGGAGGGAUCCAAGUUUGCCAUAUACAAGGAUCGUUUUGCUCUGUACAAGGCCCUCCUUCGCCAGGGGGCCCGGGUCCCUCUACCCGAUGACGUCGCGACUCAUUCUGGGCCUGUGAACCCCAUCAAGCACCUCGUUCGGAAGGGCUUCCGCCGAAACAAGAAUGACACCAGUCCGCGGCUCGUCGUGUGUGCUCUACAGACUGGCUACAAGUUCCUCGACCUUCUAACCGCUGCACAAACCCCCUCCACCACGCAACACGCCUCCAUCCUCUCCUUCCUACGCACUCGCCUCGCAGCCCGCCAAGCAGCUGCGACACGGCACCACAAGCCAGUGACAGCACCGAGCGACGGCCCCCCGGCGAGGAAUCCCAAGCCAACGUCGGCGCUCCACCCGGACAGGGUACCGCUCCUGACGCGCGUAUCACCGGCGACGCGGCAGUCGCCGCCGGUGUACGCGUCGACGCAGCGGCCGCUGGCGCUGGCGCGCCUGUCGGGCGGGGUGCGACGCCUGCCGACGCUGGACGAGUGCAACGGCGUGCCGUUCCUGCGGCUGCGCAGGCCGCAGCCGCCGGGACUGAGCCGGGUGCUGCGGCAGAAGGCGAUGAAGCGGCAGGCGCGCACGACCAAGGUCAUCCGGCUGAUGGAGGUGGAUGCGCGGGAGGCGAAGUGGGAGGACGGGUGGGAGCGGAGUGUCGGGGGCCUGUUGGGCGGCGGGGGGGAGGGAGAGGUGGACAAGAAGGGGGGACGUGGGGAUCGUGAGGGGACGUUUGGCGAGUCGGUGCAGAGGAGCGUCACGUAUGUUUCUGGAGCGCUGGAUGCGGAGCGCGUGGAUAUGAUUGCCCGCGGCAAGGCGAUGUGGAAGAUUGUGGAGGCGGAGCGGGCAUUGGCUAAGGAGGAGAGGCGGCAGUUAAGGGAGGCCAAGAGGAGAGCCAAGGAAGCGCAAGCUGAGGGCUCUGAAGACGUCUAG